AUGAUUGAUCCACCUAUUCCAGAAUUUACAAAUAUUGAUGAUGUAAUCAAAGAAAUUUCAACAAACGGAAAGCCUGUUAAUAUCAUUCUCCUUGGUACAAUAUGGUCUCCGCUUUGCAGAUAUACUUUUUAUGCAUUGAAACAAGCAAUGACAGCAAUCGAAAAUCCUGACAAGGUUAAAGCAUUUUAUGUCGAUCAGGAUGCAAGUGUCCAAUUUUGCUUUACAGAAGGAAUUCCAAUAGGUUUCCCAACAUUGAUAGUUUUUUCAACUCCAAAUCCUGAUCAAAUAGAGGAUGAUGAAGAAGCAAAACCAUAUUUCAUUUACUUUGUUCCUGAAGGGCAAGUUUACGAUCAAACAAAGUCAGAUCAAUUAAAAGGUCGUUUAAUUCGCCAGCUUAAUCAAAAACAACUUAUGCAAAUUAUCAGUGAAGCAAUUGAAGUUUAUGAAGGAAAGAAAUUCGCAAUUAAUAGCCCUUUAUAA